AUGAUUCAGCAUACCACAACUCCAGCAAUAAAGGUUACAAUGGAAAUGCAUCAAAAAUUCAUUAACCAAAACCGACACGAAUUAUCUCUAGAUGACCAAGAGCAUGAAUUUGAGGGAAAAUAUGGUGAAUUUCGCGAUGUGAACGAAAAUAAAAUUUUUCAAAUAGUUCUGAAAUUUAUUGAAGUGUCUCUCGGAGUUAAAUUAUUUGAUGGAUAUAUUCCAGAAGAAAGGUUUCAAAAUGUAAAGCCUAAAUAUGUGGGUGGUCUCAAAGGUCUGCAAUUGGUUGUAUUAAAGAAUGUGCCAGCAGAUCCUAUGCCUGAUGAGAGUAGGAAUACAAGAACAAUUAAAAAAAAUUCCGAAACUAAUCCAUC